GUGCAGUUGAGCGUUUCGCACGAGGUGGUGGAGAUAACGAGGGCGCAGGUGGACGAAUUCUGCGGCAACGUGCUCGAGGUGCGGGGCACCGGCGGAAGGAGAGUGCUCGCCAUGUCCUCGCGAGCGUUUGCUGCCUUCACCGACGCGCAGCUUACGGUGCUGCGCCGACACACGGACGAGCUGGUGCACGCCGCCAUUCCGACCAUUGAAACCGUGGGCGGUGGCGGAGUGCGCUGCAUGAUGGCCGAGAUCUUCUAG